AUGCGAACUGAAUCGCUUCCUUCUGCUCGCUCCUCAAGGCAGGCCUUCAGCGCGGGGUUCAACAUCACGUCUAGCUCCGAGCAGCAGCAGCUGAAGCUGCAGCGGAGAGAAGACAAGAAGAGGCGGAAAGAGGAGAUAGAUCAGGCAGGUUGGCUCAUCAGCCAGGGCGUGGAUCCUCUGUCAGUGCGGACGAGGAGGGACGAGGACUCGGAGCGAGCAUCAGGAGACAGGAAGACAACCUUCGAUGGCUCUGUGGCUGGCUUCGCGGGGAUCUCUAAAGUUCAGCUGCCUGCUGGCACGAAGCGCGUUAUGUACAAGAAGGACAAUUAUGAGGAGAUCACGGUACCGGCUGUUACCCCCGCGAAGCCCAGGACGAGCGAGAGGCUCAUUCCUGUUACAGAGUUCUCUGCCUUCUGCCAGCCAGCGUUCGAGGGGAUGAAGAGUUUGAACAGGGUGCAGUCCAUCGUCUUCCCAGUCGCGUACCAGACAGGCAACAACAUGCUGGUCUGUGCGCCGACGGGAGCGGGCAAGACGGAGUGUGCGAUGAUGACGGUGCUCCAGUGUAUCGAGCGGCACAUAGAGCGAGGGGUGCUGAAGAGCGAGGAGUUCAAGAUCGUCUACGUGGCUCCCAUGAAGGCCCUUGCGGCCGAGGUUACGGAGAAGUUCUCUAAGAGGCUGGGCAAGCUCGGGCUGGUGGUGAAGGAGCUGACUGGCGACAUGCAGCUCUCCCGCAGGGAGAUCACCGACACGCACAUGCUGGUGGUGACGCCUGAGAAAUGGGACGUGAUCACGAGGAAGAGCUCCGACGCCGCUCUCACGGACCUGGUGAAGCUGCUCAUCAUCGACGAGAUCCACUUGCUCAACGAGGACCGCGGCGCCGUGCUCGAGGCCAUCGUUGCGAGGACGCUCCGUCAGGUCGAGAGGUCGCAGACGAUGAUCAGGAUCGUUGGGCUGUCUGCCACCCUCCCGACUUACAAGGACGUGGCGGUCUUCCUCCGCGUCAACAUCGAUAGGGACCUGUUCUACUUUGACAACUCUUUCCGCCCCGUUCCUCUCGAGACGGCCUUCAUCGGCGUGCUAGGGAAUAACCCGAACAAGCAGAAGUACACGAUGCUGGAGGUGACUUACAAGAAGGCGCUCGAGCGGAUCAAGGCUGGGUACCAGGUCAUGGUCUUCGUCCACUCUCGCAAGGAUACGCUGAAGACAGCUCGGACUCUGGUGGAGAUGGCGCAGCAGGAAGGAACUCUCGGGGUCUUUGACAUGCGGGAGCAUCCGAGGUAUGAGUUCUGGAACAAGACGGUGAUGAAGUCGAGGAACAAGGAAAUCCGCGAGCUGUUUGCCAACGGCUUCUCCGUCCACCACGCGGGGAUCCUAAGGUCGGACCGCAACAUCGUCGAGAAGAUGUUCUCCGAAGGCGUCGUCAAGGUCCUUUGCUGCACGGCGACCCUUGCCUGGGGGGUCAACCUGCCUGCCCACACCGUCAUUAUCAAGGGGACGCAGCUCUACGACGCGAAGAAGGGAAAGUUCGUCGAGCUCGGGAUCCUGGACGUGAUGCAGAUCUUCGGUAGGGCAGGGAGGCCGCAGUUUGACACGAGCGGCGAGGGGAUCAUCGUUACCACCCACGACCAGGUCAACCACUACCUCCAGCUGAUGCACAACGCGCUCCCGAUCGAGUCGCAGUUCCUGAGCUCCCUUACCGAUCACCUCAACGCUGAGAUCGUGCUGGGCACGGUCAGGAACAUCCGAGAGGCGGUCGCCUGGCUGUCCUACACCUACUGCUACGUCCGCAUGCUAAGGAACCCGACCAACUACGGCAUCCAAUUCUCGGAGAUCCAGCAGGACCCCCAGCUGUACCGGCGCUGCAGGGAGCUCAUUAUGAUGAGCAUCAAGGAGCUCUGUCAGGCCAAGAUGUCAAGGUUCAACUUUGACACGGAGAACAUCAACACGACAGACGUCGGCAUCGUCGCCUCUCACUUCUACGUCAAGUUCGCGUCGCUCGAGCUCUACAACGAGCUGGUCUCCCCGUCCAUGACGGAGGCCGACUGCUUCGACGUCCUCUCCCGCUCCUCCGAGUUCGAGAACGUCCAGGCGCGCGACGAGGAGAACCAGGAGCUUGUCCAGCUCCUCGUUGACUGUCCCAUCAAGGUCAACACGCAGUUCGUGGAAGGGGAGGGCAUCCUCAUCGACCCUCCAGCCAAGGUCAACAUCCUCCUCCAGUCCUACAUCUCCAAGGCCGAGAUCGACGGGUUUGCCCUCGUUGCCGACCAGAACCACGUGGUGCAGAGCGCCGGGAGGAUUUUCCGCGCGCUGUUUGAGCUCUCGCUCAAGAAGGGGUGGGUGACCCUUGCUGGGCGCCUGCUGACCCUCUGCAAGGUGGUGGAGAGGAGGAUCUGGGAUUUCCAGCAUCCCCUAAGGCAGUUCGGCCACGUCAUCCCCGCCGAGUGGCUGUACAGGCUGGAAGAGAAGAAGCUGACACUCGAGAGGCUGGUGGACAUGAGCCCGACUGAGAUCAGCAACAUCAUCAGGCAGAACGGGUCGGGAAAGAUCAUCAUGAAGUUCGUGCAGCAGUUCCCCUACCUCGACCUGUCCGUCUCCGUCCAGCCCAUCACGCGGACGAUCCUGCGAGUGAUGAUGAAGAUCAGGGCAGAGUUCGAGUGGAGCGACAGGGUGCACGGGACGGUGGAGCCCUGGUGGAUCAUAGUGGAGGACAAUGAGAACGAGAAGAUCUAUCACUCCGAGUACUUCCUGCUCCACAAGAAGCAGAAGGACGAGACCCACACGCUUGCCUUCACCGUCCCCAUCUUCGAGCCUGUCCAGCCCCAGUACGUGAUCCGCGUCAUCUCCGACCGCUGGCUGGGAGCGGAGUACGUCGAGGUGGUAGCGCUCAAGGAUCUGACCCUCCCCGACAAGUACCCAGCUCACACUUCCCUCCUCAAGCUCUGCCCGCUCCCCAAGGAAGUGCUGCAGAACGAGCAGUUCGAGUCGCUGUACAAGUUCACGCACUUCAACGCCAUCCAGACGCAAGUCUUCCACUCCUUCUAUCAUACCGACGUGAACAUCCUUCUCGGAGCCCCGACCGGGAGCGGCAAGACCAACUGCGCCGAGCUCUGCAUGCUCCGCCUGUUCCGCACGCGGCCCAAGGCGAAGAUGGUGUACGUGGCUCCUCUCAAGGCGCUGGUGCGAGAGAGGAUGAAGGACUGGGGCGUCAGGCUGGUCAAGCAGCUGGGCAAGCAGGUGGUGGAGCUGACGGGAGACUCAGCGGCGGACCUGGGGGCGGUGGAGCAUGCCGACGUCAUCGUGACGACGCCGGAGAAGUGGGACGGGGUGACGCGCGGGUGGCAGACGAGAAAGUACGUGCAGAGUGUGGGGCUGGUGGUGAUCGACGAGAUCCACCUGCUGGGGGAGGACCGCGGGCCCGUGCUGGAGGUGAUAGUCUCCCGCAUGCGGUAUAUCUCCGCUCAGACCUCCUCCCCCAUCCGCUUCGUCGGCAUGUCCACGGCCAUCGCCAACGCGCAGGACGUGGCGGACUGGCUGGGGGCCAAGGAGGACGGCAUCUUCAACUUCCAUCCCUCCGUCCGCCCUGUGCCGAUGCAGGUUCACAUCCAGGGCUACGAGGGAAAGCACUACUGCCCGCGCAUGGCGACCAUGAACAAGCCGACGUUCGCUGCCAUCCAAGAUUACUCGCAGCACCAGCCCGUCAUUGUCUUCGUCUCCUCCCGCCGACAGACUCGCCUGACAGCUCUCGAUCUCAUUCAGCUCGCUGCUCAGACAGAAAACCCCCGGCAGUUCGUCCAUAUGGACGAGAUGGAGUUGGCGCAUGCUGUAAACCUUGUGAAGGAUCCCAACUUGAGGCACACCCUGUCCUUCGGCAUCGGGCUGCAUCAUGCCGGACUGUGCGAGUCUGACAGGUCGCUGGUGGAGAAUCUGUUUGAGCAGUCGAAGAUCCAGGUCCUCUGCUCCACCUCCACCCUAGCAUGGGGCGUCAACCUCCCUGCACAUCUGGUCGUCGUCAAGGGCACGGAGUUCUACGACGCUCCUUCCAAGCGCUACGUCGACUUUCCCAUCACCGACGUCCUUCAGAUGAUGGGGAGGGCAGGAAGGCCGCAGUUCGACACGGUGGGGAUAGCGGUGGUGAUGGUGCAUGCUCCGAAGAAGAGCUUCUGGAAGAGAUUUCUGUACGAGCCCUUUCCCGUCGAGUCCGCCCUCUCCGACGUCCUCCACAACCAUCUCAACGCCGAGAUCGUCAACGGAACUAUCAAGUGCAAGAUGCAUGCGAUUGACUACCUCACUUGGACCUAUUUCUUCCGAAGGCUCCUGUGCAACCCUUCCUACUACCACCUUGAAGAUACCUCCAAGGACGGAAUCUCUUCUUACCUCGCGUCCCUGGUCGAGAGAACCAUCGAGGACCUCGAGGACGCGGAGUGCCUGGAGGUGGACGGGGAUAAUUUCGCUCCUACCACCCUAGGGCGCAUCUCAGCCUUCUACUACCUCGACUACUCUACCGUUCACUUCUUCUCCUCCAAGGUGGAGGAUCUGACAAGCGAGGCCCAAGUCAUCAGCAUCCUCACCAAGGCAAAGGAGUUUGCAGAGCUUCCAGUUCGCCACAACGAGGACAAUCUCAACGACGAGUUCUCGAAGCAGGUGAAAUAUGGGGGAAUGGGCGGAUCAAUGGAAAGUCCGCACACCAAAGCAAACUUGCUGAUUCAGGCACACAUUGGGCGCGUUCCUCUCCCCAUCGCCGACUACAACACAGACCUUCGCUCGCUACUCGAUCAAGUUCCUCGCGUCCUUCAAUCUCUCGUUGACAUCGCUGCUGACAGCGGAUAUCUCUCUCAAGCUCUGCACGUCAUGCGGCUUUCUCAGAGCAUCACGCAGUGCAUGUGGGCCGAUGCUUCUCCCCUCCUCAUGCUGCCCCACGUCAACGAGAGAGUCGGCAGGCAACUCGAACAGGUCCAGCUCCAGCUCCAGCUCCUGCUCCUGCUCCUGCUCCUGCUCCUGCUUCUGCCCUUGCCCUUGCCCCUGCCCCUGCCCCUGCCCCUGCCCCUUCACCUGCUUCUGCACUUUCUCAGCCUCCUCCUCCUGAGCAACCUCGUUCCCUCCUCCUCCUGUCCUCUCGUCCUUGCGUCCUCACUUUCUCUGAGCUCUAUCCUUCAGUCCUAG